GUUGCGCCCGCUGCCCCGUCUUUACGGUAUUUAUGUCAUCACUUCCGGUAACGGCAGCCCGCUCCGCUCUCCGUACCGAUCGUUCUCCGUUAGCCGAAGACGCGUCACGUUAACACACCGACACCGAGCCCGGUGAAGAGCCGCAGCUGAAGCUCUGGCUCCGGCCGUCACCUGCUCCGUGUCACCGGGGGGGGCGCCGCCGACCCAGGGGGCUUGGCGUCCGGCGCUUCUCUCACUCGUGUCGGUUGUUGUCGUCGUAAGGUUCCGGGGGCUCCUCCGGUGAGUCGGUCGGUUCGUGACGAUGCUGAGCAGCGUCGCUCUGCGGGCUCAGGUCGCCUCCAUCCUGGAAGCCCUGUCCAGAGCCGCCGCGGCGGAGAUCGCGGAGCUGGUGGAGGACGGGAUGGUUCUGCUGCGGCUGGAGACGUGUCAGCGGGACCAGGAGAUCCAGAAGCUGAGGAGCAACAUCCGGCUGCUGCACAGCGAGCUGAGGGCGACCCGGGCCCCGGGGACCCGGAGACCCGAGCCCCGCGGGGGGGACGGCGGUCGCGGCUCCAGCGGGGACGAGAGGAUCUCACAUGAACACGUUCACGCUGACAAGGACAACAGCUGCUCGUCCAAACCCGAGGGAGUCGAGGACAAACCCGACUCCGUGGAACUGGGAGGUGAAGAGGUCAGAGGUCAGGCUGAGCGGCCGGGAGAAGACUUGACUCCGUGUGAAGGGAAUAAUAACAGACAGUGGAGAUCGACAACUGACAAGGAGACGGGACAAAGCGACUGGGAUUAUCUAAACGUACGGCAGAACUCCCUGUCGUGUCUCCCAGAAUCCUCCCUGGACUCUGGGCCGGCCGUGCCGUGCGGCAGCUCGGGGGGGUUUCAGCAGAGCCCGUUCAGCCGCGAGCUGCUGGGCUACGGUCCGUGUCGCAGCGCGUGCAACACGGCGCGGAGGAGGACGGCGAAGAGGCUCAAGUUUAAGAUGGGCUUCAUCUGCCCUUAUUGCGGCAAAUGUUUUGAGCGAGCUGGGCACCUGGAGAGACACAAGAGGAUUCACACCGGUGAGAAACCGUAUCGCUGUGAGACCUGUGGGCGACGCUUCAACCAGAAGUGCAGCCUCAAGGAGCACAUGAAGAUUCACAGAAGAAGUAUUCAGGCCACACUAGUGGACGUCCAGGUGGUUGAAGAGAAGCAGAUUCCUGAGGUGAACCCAUGUGCCGACACUCCUCUCCCCGAGGAAAAGAGCCGGACCAACGCUGAAGAUGUUCCGCCUGAGAACGAGGACGUUCUCCCUCCACCUGUACAAGUCAAAUCUGAGCCCGUAGAGGAGACAAUAACACGACCACAGUUUCAGGGAGGGAACGAGCCGCCAAGGGAAGGAGGGGAAAACCUCGGUGAGAACUUCCCAGCGUUCGAGAGAGACGGCCGGCAGUGGAGGUCGAGGCUACAAGGACAGAACAACACAGAGAUGAGCGGGAUGGAAUAUCUCAGCAGCUCGGCACAGAAUGUGACGUCCUUCCCCGGGAUCGCUCAGUUACUCCCGGCACCGGGCGAAGCUUCUUGUAGCUCCUUCUCGUUCCAAGGGAAACCGUACAGGGAGCUGAAAAACAGCCUGAUCUCCCAAACACCCUACGGAUCGUCAGACACGCUCCUCGUCUCCAGCGAAGCAGGUUUACGCGGCGGGUCGGAGGCCGCGCUGAAUGCCCAGCAGCAGCAGCAGAUGGGGAGCAGCUCUUUUCAGGUGAUCAAGCCAAAGAAAAGCUUCGCCUGCUCGUACUGCGGGAAGAUCUUCAAACGGACCGGCCACCUCGAGACACAUUUACGGAUUCAUACCGGGGAGAAACCGUACGGCUGCCAUAUCUGUGGGCGGUGCUUCACUCAGAAAAGUAGCCUCAAGGUCCACAUGAAGACGCACAGAAAUGGGGAGAGCCCAGAUCUGCUGGAGACUCAUCACCUGAUGUUUACGAUGCCUGAGGAUCACUCGCUGGAGAACGUGGUGGAGCUGAAGCCUGAUCUGGUGACGUUUGAGGAACAGUUAGCGGACAGGGAGGAGCUCGGUGAACACACGGUGAUGGUGAAGGUGGAGUCCAACGGGGAGGAUUUUCCCGCUCUGAGUCAGGUACGGCCCGAUGGUGGCACAGGGGCGCUGGACCAAAGUGAGCUGUGGACUUCUGGGACGGAGAAGAGCGGUGAAGCCAUGGUACGAACCGUCUGCGUGCUUUCACAUGACAUCAAGUAUGAGCUCAGUCCCGCCGCAGCCAAUGAGCAGCAGGGAUACACGUUGGCGUCGCCGAUCAAGGAUCUGCCUUUUCUGAACGACAAGGAAAACGAAGACAUGAUGCACGUGGACUACGCAGCGAUGGUAAUUCACUCAGGAAGCUCAGACAUGCGCCUUGCGUCCGAGCUGCAGGAUCAACACGCCGCUGAAGAGGUGAACGAUUACGGCUCAGCGAGCGUCAGGACUGGAGAGGGAACCGGGUUUGAAAUAGAUAUGACGUCGCUAGACGACCACGAGGACCACGAGGACCAUGAGGACAGCUGCGAUGGCGCCAGAGGAAACUGCUUCAUAUGCUCGAGCUGUGGGCAGAGCUUCGAUAGUUUCAUCUUAUUUCAGCGGCACCGGUGUAAAAACAUCAGUAAUUAAAAGCAACGUUUACGGACGAGUUCAGGGUCAGAUUUAAGAGAAAAGAAAAGAGAGGAGGAAGAUCUUUAUUUUUUCAUUUUAAGAAUACAUUUAAAAUGCUCAGAUUUAAGUCAAACUAAAUUAUGGAAAUGAUGUUUAAUUUUUAUGAAUAUAGUCAAAAUGUUGAGAACAAAGUUGAACCAAAUAGGUGAAAGAUAUUUACCUUUGCAAAGGAGAGUACUUUUUAAUUUCUGUUCUAUUGUUUGUUGGCUGUAUUACGCAAAAACUACUCAGUUGAUUUCUUUGAAACUCGGUGGAAGGAUGAGAUUUGGGUCAAGGAAAGACUUCAGAUUCGAUUGAAGGAGCGGCUCCAAGAAUUUGUUAGUUUGAUUUAUUCUUCAAAGUUUGACUUUAAUCUUGAAAUUUUAAUCUCGUUAAACACAUUUAAAAAAUAUCCUCCUGUGAUUUAGUUCGACUUUACUCUUGACAUUUGAACUUGUUUCUUUUUUAUACCUUUUUUAACCUCCCUCUUCUCAUUUGUUUUCUCAUGCCCGGACCUAAUACUCUUCCAUAAAAUGCCAAAGCUGAAGAACCAUGUUAUUUUUCUAUUUGCGGCGCCGAGAAGGAUUUUCUUCUUCUGCAGUAAAGACAAAAAUGUUUGUCUAACUUACGUCACUUUUCAAGAACUUUGCACAAAAUGCUGCUACUUUGACCGUCUCCAAAAAACAUCAGACAAUAACUUCAUAACUUUGUGGAGAAGCCUUCUGGCUGUUUUCAAAGCUAAAUUGAAGAAAAUCUAAGUUACAUUUUUGUUCAUGCUAAAAUAAGUUUUAUUAUUGAACACUGUUAUUGAACCGUCUCCCAGAACACAAGGUUGUGUUUUCUUUUGCUGGAAUUUGAAUUAAUGUUAUUUCUUUGGAUAUUUCCUUUAAUAUUUGUAUAAGUAAUGAGAGGAUAAUUUGAGCUUUAGUGUUUAAAAAAAAUAUAAUUAUGGUAAAGGGAUUUUUAUUAUUUUUUAAAUAAUCGAUAAAGAAGUCAAUGACAUGGCUGAACAAAAAGUGUUUAAUUUGGGUGGAAUGAAAAAUGAAAGAAAAUCCUUGUUUGCGUAUCAAGAAUUCACAGAAGUAAAGGAAUUUAAAACGUCUCUUAUUUUGUCAUUCGAUGGGUCCGUGUCUGUCCCUGUCAGAUCAAACUAACUGACAGCAGUGAAAAGCUGUUUGUCUGCUUGACAGUGUUCUGAGUGAAAUGUGCACUGGAGCUGAAGAGUUUGUUGGAAUACUUUUAUAUUCCAGUUUGACGAGUGCCUCCAUUUUCACAUGGGAAACAAAACUCCUGCGGUCUUACUGACUUUCUGUUGUUGCCUUUCACAAAGUCAUUUUUCUACAUUUACAUUUUUAUAUCGAUUUAAUCUUGUUUCCUUUUUAUGAUGAUGUCACGGGUAUCGCACAAUGUUUUUGCUGAGCUCUGUUUUUCAAAUAAAUUCAAAACUCAGUUAACAGA